AUGUCUCAACCAAACACGCCACAGAAGCAGUACAAGGGAGGUGGAGGUUAUUCUCAGUCACAUAAUAACUCUCCUUCCAAGAGAACAACAAACGACAAUAAUAACACCAAUAAUAAUAAUAAUGGUAAUAAUAACACCAAGACAACAUACUCACCAAGAAGAAAUAAUUAUGGAGGAGGUGCAGGAAGUGGAACAGGUGCAGGUGGCGGAGGACAACACUAUCAUGGGCAUCAUAGUGGACAUCACUCAUCUCAAUAUACCUAUCAACCAAAGGUUAAACCAAAUACUGAACAACAACAACAACAACAAUCUUCAGAUAAUAAUAAUAGCCAACAAAACAUGACAAUGAAUGGUAAUCAACAUCACCAUCAGCAGCAACAACAACAACAACAUCAUAGUUUAAAUGAUAUUCAUAAUGGUAAUAAUAAUCAAUUAGAAAUGUCACAACAACAACAACAACAACAGAUGUUUAAUAAUAAUAGCAUGAUGGAUAAUAGUAAUAUGAUGUUUAACAAUCAACAUGUGAUUAAAAAUGAUUUAUCACAUGAUUCUGCACCACUAAACACCAAUCAUCACUCUCAACCAAAACAUUUAAAUCUUAAUAAUUUGAUGAGUCCUCCUCCACCUCCUCCUCUCAAUGGUCCAGUUGUUGGUAAUAAUAAUACGAAUGGAAGUGCUUUAGAAGGUAGUUUGUUCUCCUUUAAUUUAUUUCCACCACCAUUAAACUUUAAUCCUGGUAUGAUGAAUAACGGAAAUCAAUUUAAUCAAAUGCAAAACAACAAUAAUGGUUUUAUGAAUCAUAAUGGUCUUCAUAUGAAUAAUAAUAUUAAUAAUAUUAAUAGUAACAACAAUAAUAAUAAUAAUAAUAAUAAUAAUAACACAUCAUCCGGUUCAACACCAAACAUUAUGGACUUUUUUAACAAAGCACCUAUUAAUCCAAAUAAUAAUAGUGUGAAUAAUAAUAAUAAUAAUGUGAAUAAUGGAAAUAACUUUGGAUUUUAUCAAAAUGGACCAACUGUUGGUCCAUUUCCACCUCCAGGUCCUCAUAUGGGUCCACCACCACAUAUGAAUGGUCAAUUUGGUCCUAAUUUUAAUAUUAAUCAUAUGCCACCACCACAACCAUUCCCACAUCACCAUCAUCCAAAUCAAAUGGUUCCACCACCAUUUCCACCUCAAAUGCUCCCUCCUUAUCCACCAUUUAUUAAUAAUCCUCAAUUAAAUAAUAAUAAUGGCGUAAAUUUGAAUGGAAAUAGUAAUGGUCAACAACAACAACCACAACCACAACAACAUAAUCUUUCAAAUAGUUUAGGUGAUAUGGUGAAUAUGGGACAUCAUCAAAUGUCUUCACCACCUUUGUUCCCACCACAAAAUAUGCAAUUUGAUAAUAUGUUUCUUCACCAACAACAUAAUAUUCUAUCAGAUUUUCUUUCUAGUAUCCAUAUGAACCAACAGAAUCAACCAAGCUUUUCAUUCCCAAGUGAUUUAUCUUUGGAUUCACUUUCCAUUUCAAAUUAUGACCAUCUUUUACACCAUCAUCAAAAUAAUAAUAAUAGUCACUUUAUCGAUCAAAAUCUUACAUCGAUGCCAAACCCAUCACUUGAUGGUAUAGCAUCGGCAUCUAUUUUACAGGCAGGUGAUUCACCAGUCACCUUGGUACCACCCAAUUUGGAGGAAGACAUUGAAGAGGAUGAAGAAGCCGACGAAGAACUUAAAAAGAAAUUGGAAAAGAUUGAAAAGUAUAAACAACGUCCUCUCCUACCACCUCCAUCCAGAGACCAUUACAGAGAUUUAAAUGAUCAUGCCUAUGAUAUCUUUGAAAAAUCGAAAUGUGAAGAAAAUAGAGGUCGUACUUUAUUAUCUCGUUUACAAUCUAUGGUAUCAAAAACAUUUUCUCAUACUGUUAAACUUCAUCUUUUUGGUUCAUCUGCAAAUGGAAUGUCACUCAAAGGAGGUGAUAUUGAUAUUUGUAUGUUGAUUGACGAUUCUUUUGGUGAUACUGAUAUAGUAAUUGAAAAAUUGGCAACAAUGUUGAAACAAAAUCAUUUUACAAAAGUUUUAGCAAUUCCAAGUGCAAGAGUACCAAUUGUAAAAUUUAAAGAUCAAGUUCAUAAUUUGUCGUGUGAUAUAUGUAUUAAUAAUAAGUUGGCAAUAUAUAAUACAAGAUUGGUAGAGGAUUAUAGUUGUAUUGAUGACCGUAUGAGACCAUUGGUAUAUGUUGUCAAGAGGUGGGCAAAGCGUAGAAAAAUCAAUGAACCAUUUACUGGAACAUUGUCUUCGUACGCCUACAUCAACAUGGUCAUUUCCUUUUUACAAAGUCGCGAACCACCAGUCCUCCCUUGUCUACAGCAAUUGGCCUUUGGUGCCACAUCGAUCAAUGGAAAGGUCUAUGGUGACAACUUGGCCGAUGUCACGGUCGACGGCUACAAUUGUAAAUAUUACAACGACUUGCACAAUCUAACUGGCUUUGGAAAACACAACAAGGAAACUCUUGGAGAGUUGGUAUUUGCCUUUUUCGAGUACUAUGCUCGAAGAUUCAACUAUGUCACUGACGUGGUCAGCAUUCGUACUGGUCACACCCUCCCCAAGACCUCUAAAACUUGGGAGUCUAUCAACAAAAAGAGUCACUAUUACUUUUCAAUAGAGGAUCCAUUCGAGAUCACUCACAAUCUAGCUAGAGUCGUCAAGAGAAGUCACUUGACGAUGAUCAUAUCGGAAUUUAAUCGUGCUUAUAAAAUAUUAUCAAGAAAUGGUAAUCUUCAUAUCGUCUGUAGAGAAUUUAUACAUGAUGAAAAUAGUAGAGAUGUUAGAAAUCAAAGUUUAAAUAAUCAAAAUAAUCAAAAUAAUCAAAAUAAUAAUAAUAAUCAAAAUAAUAAUAAUGGGGAUAAAAAAUCAUCUAUAUCACAUUAA